AUGGAAAUCAUUCCCUUUGAUAUAAAAAGUUGUUUGGGGAGGCUUUUAUUUAUUUUCAUUCAUCUUCCUUCUCACCAUUUUUCUGUCAACCACCGACCACCGACCACCGUCACCUCCCCUCCCCUCCCCUCCGUCGCCGCCCUCUUCACCGCCCCCCCUCCUUCUCCCUCUGUCGUCGCCGACCCUCCUCCGCCCCUUCCGCCUCCUACUCUCCUCUUCGCUGGCCUUCCCUCUCCUUUUCCCUCUGUCGCCGCCGACCCUCUCCCGCCCCUUCCGCCUCCUUCUCUCCUCUUCGCCGGCCUUCCCUCUCCUUUUCCCUCUGUCGCCGCCGCCCCUCCCCCGCCCCUUCCGCCUCCUUCUCUCCUCUUCGCCGACCUUCCCUCUCCUUCUUCCUCUGUCGCCGCCGCCCCUCCCCCGCCUUCUUCUCUCCUCUUCGCUACCCUUCCCUCUCCUUCUCCCUCUGUCGCUGCCGCCCCUCCCCCGCCCCUUCUCUCCUCUUCGUCGGCCUUCCCUCUCCUUCUCUCUCUGUCGCCGCCGCCCCUCCCCCGCCCCCUCCGUCUCCUUCUCUCCUCUUCGCUGCCCUUCCCUCUCCUUCUCCCUCUGUCGGUGAUAGAGAGAUGUCGGUGA